AUGUCUAGGAGGAUGCCUGGUAGGCCUGCUACCAAAAGAAAGAGGCAUGCCAGUGAAAAGGAGAGCAAGUUUUCAACAACAAAAGUGAAGGUUGCAAGAACUACCAGAUGUGGUAAUUGUUUGGAAUAUGGUCAUAACAAGAGGGCAUGUAAGAAUGAGAGAAAACAAUAUGUGCCUCCCCCACCAAAGAAGACAGGAAGGCCAAGAAAACAUCCCAUCCCCCAUGUAUCUGUUCCUAACGAGUCACUAAAUAAGAGAAUGACAGAAAACAAUACUACAACUCCUGGUCAACCAAAUGUCCCCAGUCAACCUUCAUGCUCUAACAUAGUGAGCAGGAGUCCAAGAAAACAUAACACAUUAAGGAUGAGUCCAAGAAAACAUCAGCAACAGGUAGGUUCUAAAGAUUUAGGAGAAAUAGUAUUGAUGCACCUAGGAAGAAGUUGUGCACAAGGAGAGGUGGUGGAGGAUUGGUUCUUCUGCCAAAACUGGGAAAUAAUACUCCAACUUAGGUACUCAAGAGAGUGUGGUUCAACAAGUUCCAGUCCACUAAAUGGUGACAAUGAGGUGGAAGAUAAUGAUGUUAUUGAGUUUACUGAGGGAAAAGAGGAUGAUAUUCUCCCAGAGAAGAUACAAGUAGGACUUGAAGACAUUGCUAAUAUGCUAGAAGUUGGUUAUAGCAUGGCAGAAAUAGAAGCUAUGCCAGGGGUACAAGUGGAAUUGGAUGAUUCCCUACCAGUUGAACUGGAUGUAAAUGAUUUUAUUGAUGGUCAUCAUUCUGAUGAUGAUGUUGGUCUGGAUGGUAGAGCUGAAGGUGCUGGAAAUGAAGCUAUUGGUGAUGGUGAUGGACCUGAAGGUGAUGCUGAUGGACCUGAAGGUGGUGUUGAAGAAUUGGGUGAUGAUGAGGAAAAUCAGGGUGAUGAUGAAGGACAUGAGGUUGUCCCAAUGGUUAGGAGAACAAGGAAAACAUCUAAGAGGAUUACCAAAAUAAAGCUAAGGAAGGGUGUCUAUGACAAAGAUGGUGGUGGUUCUUCUUCUGUAAAGCCAAUCAACUUGGAGUAG